UUUUUUUUUACAGUUUCUAGGCUUAGAUUUAUAAACAUUUUUGUUUUGUUCUUUGGUGUGAAGUGGAUAAUCUGUUGCUACAACCACAGACUGUUGAAGGUAGCCUAAAGAAAGCCAACAUGCUGAAGGACAUGUCCAUGCCACAGAUGGAGGGGACCUUCAAAUUGAGCUGAAUUUAUACUGUCUGCACUCCUCAGGCGCUGAUUCUUCAAGUGGAAAUGUAUAAGAGCGUGUGCCCCCCAUGCUCGGAUCCAGCGAGCGACCCGGGCAACAGCGUCUCGGAGCCGGCUACCCCGGUCAGGGAAACCCCGGUAAACCUGGAGACGCUCCGAAAAGCGGACCAUCCAGCCCCGGUUCGAAGGCAGACCUGUUCGAGCACCAACAGAGGUAUCUCAGUAACAAAGAAGACACACACUUCUCAAAUCGAAAUAAUUCCCUGCAAGAUCUGUGGAGACAAAUCAUCAGGCAUCCAUUAUGGCGUGAUAACAUGUGAAGGCUGUAAGGGCUUCUUCAGGAGGAGUCAGCAGAGCAAUGCAGCCUACUCCUGCCCCCGUCAGAAGAACUGCCUGAUUGACCGCACCAGCCGCAACCGCUGCCAGCACUGCCGGCUGCAGAAGUGCCUGGCAGUGGGCAUGUCCAGAGAUGCGGUGAAGUUCGGUCGCAUGUCGAAGAAGCAGCGAGACAGCCUGUACGCUGAGGUCCAGAACCGACUGCAGCAGCAGCAGCGCGACCACCAACAACAGCCUGGAGAGGCGGAGCCGCUCACACCCAGCUAUGGCCUCUCAGCCAAUGGACUCACAGAGCUCCACGACGACCUCAGCGGCUACAUAGACGGUCACACCCCCGAUGGCAGCAAACCAGACUCAGCGGUCAGCAGCUUCUACCUAGACAUCCAGCCAUCCCCUGACCAGUCAGGCCUGGAUAUCAACGGCAUCAAGCCGGAGCCCAUCUGCGACUUUGCCCCCGGCUCUGGCUUCUUCCCUUACUGCUCCUUCACCAACGGAGAAACGUCCCCCACCGUGUCCAUGGCUGAACUAGAGCACCUGGCCCAGAACAUCUCCAAGUCACACAUGGAGACAUGUCAGUACCUGAGGGAAGAGCUGCAGCAGAUGACCUGGCAGGCCUUCCUGCAGGAGGAGGUGGAGAGCUACCAGAGCAAGCCCCGGGAAGUCAUGUGGCAGCUGUGUGCUAUCAAAAUAACAGAGGCCAUUCAGUAUGUGGUGGAGUUCGCCAAGCGCAUCGACGGCUUCAUGGAGCUGUGUCAGAAUGAUCAGAUAGUGCUGCUGAAAGCAGGCUCUUUGGAAGUUGUGUUUGUCAGAAUGUGCCGUGCCUUUGACUCGCAAAACAACACAGUCUAUUUUGAUGGAAAGUAUGCCGGACCUGAUGUGUUCAAGUCAUUAGGCUGUGACGACUUGAUCAGCUCCGUCUUCGAGUUUGGGAAAAACUUGUGUUCUAUGCACCUGUCUGAGGAUGAGAUCGCCCUGUUCUCCGCCUUUGUGUUGAUGUCUGCUGACCGGUCUUGGCUUCAGGAGAAAGUGAAAGUGGAGAAACUCCAGCAGAAGAUCCAGCUGGCGCUCCAGCACGUCCUGCAGAAGAACCACAGAGAGGAUGGUAUACUUACAAAGUUGAUAUGCAAAGUGUCGACACUGCGAGCGCUGUGCAGUAGGCAUACAGAGAAGCUUACAGCUUUCAAAGCAAUAUACCCAGACAUUGUGCGUGCCCACUUCCCCCCCUUAUACAAGGAGCUGUUUGGAUCAGACUUUGAGCAGUCCAUGCCCGUUGACGGGUAGCAGCCCUGCCAGGUGCCAGUGUGCCCACCGUAGGGGAAUGUGGAGGAGGAAUCUGAGACACUUUAUUGGUGCCCUGCACAAACCAGAGCGGACAGAUGGCACACUAUUCAACUUCUUCUUUUACAUCGAAGGGGAGGGCUUUUAGGGAGUUGAUUCUCAAGGUUUACUUUGUUGAAUUAAGUUCUCGUUUGGAAGACUUGUGGGACCCGACACCCCAUGGGACACGAAGAGGAGAGAGGGACAAAUCAUUUCUGUUUGGCUGAACUUGACCCUCUUUUGCGCAUUUGGAAAAUAAAACCCUUGAUUUAUGUUUUCAUCAGUAUUAUGAUUUGUCCGUACAUCAGAGUUCAAAUUGUAUAAACAAUUCAUGAGGCAGUUUUGGAUUCAUCAUUGCUGGAGACAUCUCCAUUUGGAAGAUCUGUCUAAUAAAUCAGUGUUAUUUUCAAGUUAUUCCCCAAAAACAGAUUAGCAUUUUUCACUCUCAAAAAUCAUCUAUCCUCCAAACUGAAAAUAAAUCAGCCAUGAAUGCGUACACUUCGGUAAAGUUCAGCCAUGUUUUUCUCUUGAUUUCAGCCGUAUCUUUUGGACAAAGUUCUUGGAAUGAAAACUCACAGCGACUUUGAGGGAGGGGUCUGUCAGCAUGGUGAUGCAUUUGGCACCUCUCUAUGGACAAUCGUUUAAAAAAAGGAAAAAAAAAGAAACAUGGAAUUCUGGUAAUUCUAAUGAAAACGCAAUGAUUUUAGCUGUCAAAGACUCCAUCCACCAUUGUUGCAUAGUGAAAUCAUGUAAGGCCAUCUGCUAUUAAUCCUUCUCUGGACAGGUGCCCUGGAGAAGCAAAGGGCACCAACACAAUGAAAAGGGUCCAUUCCACCUGUUUUAUAAUGUACUACAGGGUAUAUGGUCAUAAGUACUUACUAUACAGAAAAAAGUAAUGUUUAUAGAAUCUAUUUUAAAUAACAUGUAUGAUAUUAGUAGUUAGACCAUUCUUAAUUGUUGAAUUGAUAAGGCACUUUUAUUUACACCUUUCUUUAAUUUAAGACUUGUAUAUUUACCUAGUGAUGUGUUGCAUGUGCACAAGAAAUACAAGUUGAACCAUGGUCACAGAGGCUAGUCCUGGGAGCUGCAGAUGAAACUGGUCUAGAAGUGUAAGGGCUGUCUGUUAGGACUGCUGGCGUGGCUGCUGGUUGGUGAACGAAAGAGGCAUGGAUGAGAAGGCAGGUUAGAGACGCUCUAUCACCUGUGUUACCUCAACAACACCUGUCAAAAUGUAGCUCUGAUUCUCCUUUUAGGGAGUAUGCACACACACACAGGAAGUCUCAUGGUUUUUCUGGAUCAAACCAAGGUGUUGUACGGUGACAUUUAUGAUAUUUCUAAAUGAUUCUGUAAUUUUUUGGUACUUAUUUUACUGUGAAAAUCCUCACAUCUUAUGUAAAGAAGGGCACAAGAAACAUGCAAAUCAUACAUUACCACAGCCAAGGCUUCAAAAACAUUGAAUAUCUAUGUAGUUUAGAUCCCACAAAGACUGUAAUCCAACUCUUCCAUCUAGUGGAAGGUAAUGAUACAGCAUGCAAGUUCACAAUCCAACAAUGAAGACAAAAGGUGUAACCUAAAAGCACAUUUAUAAGCCUCUGUCAAAAUGUUUUCAGUGUUUUUUUUUUUUUUUUUUUUACUAGCGACUUUAUCUGCCUUCUCAGCGCAGCCUCGGCCCAGCAAUGCCACCACAGAGCACAGAAGGAACAGUGAAGGGAAAAGUGAAUAUUCAAAGCCUUGUCUGGUAGUAAAGCUUCUAUUUUUGUAACACGUUUUGGUUAAUAAACUCAUGAAAGAGAAGGAGGGAGAGAAAAAGAUGUCAGGUAGCACUUAACUAUAUUCCCGCAAUAAUUAGACUAGCCGUUGUUUGUAUGAUUAGGGGAGAAACAUAAAAAUGGUAGGACAAGUGCUAUUUUCAGAAUGCUUUGUUGUUGUGUUUCUGUUUUGUUGAGUGUGUCUUUCUUGUCAGUGUGGUAGUAAAGUGGUUUUAAAAAAAAAAAAAUCCUCGUCGUGCCAAACAGUAGUCGUUGCUUCCGCUUUCCAGUCUACUCGUCUAUAAUGUAGAAUGGAUACCUAAGACAUUCCAGCAAUCUCAGUAGCGGCUUCUUGAAUAUCUUUCAAAAAACAGCAAAAAAAAACGAAGAAAAAAAAAAGUUAUCCCUUUAGAAACCCAACAAAGCAUGUUAAUACAUCUGUCACCAACCCUAACAUAGACCCCAGUUGUUUGUCUAUUGUCUCUCUGUUUGCACACGAUCAUUCCUCUGCCGUGCAAUUUGUACAAGGCGUUAAUGCCUUGUGCUGUCACCCCUCAGGGAAGAGUUUCUUUUGCGCUUUCUGUUUGAGAGGACAUUUGUUUGUGCUCAUUAGAUUUAAUUUAUGUUGUUUUUGUCAGGGAUGUUCCAUGAGAAGUGGUUGAGGUUUGAAUAUUCAUCACUGAGUGGUUCAGAGUGUUUUUUUUACAUUAUUGAUGUCCUUCUGGGGGCCUCAAGCCGCUCAAAGGCCACUGCUACCCUACGGUCAAGUUCAACAAAAUGUCAUUUCUAACAACACAAAACCCCAUCACUUAAAAAAAAAAAAAACAACGCAGUUUUGUCAGCACACAGCAUAUUCCUGUUUCACAAAAAAAAUCUGUUUUGGUUUCAAAUGGUGUCAUCAGGGUCUUUAAAAAAUGAUAACCCUCUUUGUUAGAAAAACCAAAUAUUCUUAUGCAAUACUAAAUCUGUUGUGUUGGGUUGUAGUAGAUAUGCUGUACCUAAGUAAUAAUCUCUGUUAUGAUCCAAUGCUAUUUGGAUAUGCACAAGCCCACUACGACUAGUAAACCUCAGUCUCCCAGCAGAACAAACCCAGUCUGGAACACUGCUAGACAAUCCAGGUUUGAGAGGCCAAGUUUGUGGCCCAGGCAAAUAAGAGCAAGCGAAGAGGAUGAGGUGUGAACGCUCAGGGAGGUAACAGGUAGACCGAAGGAGAAGCAGCUCGCAUUGCAGAGCACUUGAUUAGCUGUUUUGUGAUUAAUGAGUUCUUUAAAAAUCUCUUUGAAGCACUCAUUUGAUACGAGGAGGUGGCUUGGCACACUGAACACGCAGUGCAGCACUUACUGUUCAGAAGAAAAGGAAGACAUGGAGAUAUGGCAGAUUUUCUGUUAUUUAUUUGCAAAGAAUCCGCUUUUUUUUUUUCUUGUAAUUUUUUAAUAGUUUGAUGGUCAAAAGAAAAUCAGUUUAGUAUUUUCUCUAACAUGAUCAGCUAAGGUCUACUACCAACACGGUUGUUCUGUUGUAAAGUGAAAAAAUGUUUUGCUCAAGUCUAAAUAUGAUUGAGCAGAAUGUAAUGUGUUCAUUAUUAAACAAGCAAUAUGCCUUGUGUGAGAA